AUGUCCUCCUUAGAUAAUUAUUAUUCUGAAAUCUUGAAUAAUAUUAUUGUUUAUCUGUAUCGUUAUGGUAACUUAACCAUUUAUAUUAUUGGUAAUAUUGGAAACUUAUUAAGUAUUUUUAUUUUUUGUAAAAAAUCAUGGAGAAAAAAUGUUUGUGUAUUUUAUUUUCUUAUAUUUCUUCUUCUCAGUUCUGCCUAUCUGAAUUCAACUAUUCUGGGAACUGCAUUUAUUAAUGGUUUUCAAAUUUAUGCACAAAAUUCAAGUGUCAUAUUAUGUAAACUUCUUCAUUAUACAGCAGUUCUUUUCUCUACACUUUUACCAACAAUUCUUAUUCUUUCAUCUAUUGAUCGUUUAUUAAUAUCAUUACAAAAUGUUGAUACACGUUUAUAUAGUUCAAAACGUUUAGCUUAUUUUUCAAUAAGUUUAAGUACAUUUUUUUGGAUUAUUUUUAAUUUACAUAUACUUAUUAAAGUUAAUAUACAACAAAUAAGUUCUAAUGUUUUGGAUUGUUAUUUUGAUUAUUCAACAUUAUAUUUUCAAUUUGUUACAUAUUCUUUAAUGAUAUUUAAUUGUUUUUUUUGUUUAUUCAUGAUUAUCUUAUCUAUAUUUGCUUAUAAAAAUGUUCGUCAUAUUCGAUGUAUUCCACGUAAUCGACAAUAUCAAAUACGAACAAUGACAAAAAAAGAUUUUCAAUUACUUCGUUGUUUAUUUAUUCAAGAUAUUGUUUAUAUUUUUGUAAGUCUAAUACCAGCUCUCUAUUCUGUUUAUAUAACAUCAACAAAAGAUCAAAUACGAACACCAUUAGAAGAAUCAAUUGUUUAUUUCUUACAGAGUUUAUUUACUUUUAUUUAUUUUACUUUUUAUGGUAGCAGUUUUUUCAUAUUUUUUAUUGUAUCCAAAGCUUUUCAACAUGGAUUGAAAAGAUUUAUUUUCAAGAUUAUUGGUAAAGAACUUAUGACAUUACGAGAAGAAGAUAAUAGACAAGAAAAUAAUGAAAAUUUAAAUAUUCCUGUUGUUAGUACAAUUAUUCUAUCACGUUGA